UUCUUCUUCCUCUCUCUCUCAUCGCCGUUGUUUUCAAUUCUCUCAGAAUCGUCCUGUUUCUUUUCCUGGUAAUCGUUUCUCGUUGGUUUUUUUGUACAGUUUCAUUGGAGUUAAAUCUUUCUGGGUUUCUCCAGAAGAAUUUCAGAAUAACGUCUGUAUUCUGAAAAACUCCAAUUCCCAUUUACUCGUCGACGUCGCUUCCGAUUCUCAGAAGAGUACUAUUUCUUCGCCGGAGUAAUUGUCUCCGGUUGGGUUUUGUUUAGCGCAAGAACUUUCAUAAUGCUGUCUGAAAACCUAGACCCACCUGACGAAGACGGAGAACCCUUCGUUGAAAUCGAUCCAUCGGGACGUUUCGGCCGAUACAGUGAGCUACUUGGUUGCGGCGCAGUGAAGAAGGUCUAUAAAGCAUUUGAUCAAACAGAAGGCAGAGACGUCGCGUGGAACCAAGUGAGCUUGAGGAAUUUCAGUGCCGAUCCAUCGGUUAUCCACAGGCUUCGAUCGGAGAUCGAGCUGCUUACAACGUUGAAGAACGACAACAUCAUCGUUCUCUUCCACUGUUGGAAGGACAACGAGAGGAACAAUUUGAACUCCAUUACAGAGGCUUGCGCGAAUGGUAGUCUCAGGGAUUACAGGAAGAAGCAUCGACGUGUGGCGGUGAAGGCUUUGAAGAAGUGGUCAAGACAGAUACUCGAGGGCUUGGAUUAUCUCCAUAGCCAUGAGCCUUGUGUGAUUCAUAGAGAUCUGAAUUGCAGUAACAUCUUCAUCAAUGGGAAUGUCGUAAAGGUCAAGAUUGGUGAUCUAGGCUUGGCAACAAUAGUGGGGAAGACCCAUGCAGCUCAUUCGUUGUUGGGAACACCAGAGUACAUGGCACCAGAGCUGUAUGAAGAGAAUUACAAUGAGUUGGUGGACAUAUACUCAUUUGGAAUUUCAUUGCUUGAAAUGGCUACAAUGGAGAUACCUUACAGUGAGUGUGACAGCAUAGUAAAGAUAUACAAGAAGGUGACUACUGGGGUAAAGCCUCAAGCAUUUGAAAAAGUGAAAGAUCCAGAAUUGAAGGCCUUUAUUGAAAGGUGCAUUGGCAAGCCAAGAGCCAGACCCUCUGCCUCUGAGCUUCUUAAGGACCCAUUCCUUUCUGAUGUUGCUGACUACGAUGAGGGCGAGAUUAACUAG